GCGGCCCCGGGAGGCCAUGGCGGGGGAGCGGAGCGCGCUGCGGCGGGAGGCCACGGGCCGGCGGCUGGCGCGGUUCGCGGCCCUGCGAGGGCGGGCCGCCCGCGCCGGGCAGUUCUGGGACGUGGUGGCGGUGACGGCCGCGGACGCGCAGCAGGGCCGGGCCUACAGGCGGCAGCUGGAGGAGAAGCUGCGGCGGGAGGAGCUGCCCCUGGGCGCCCGGUACCACGUCUUCGUGGACCCGCCCGGGCCCAGGAUCGGAAACGGUGGAUCAACACUUCAUGUUCUUCGAUGCUUGGAAGAGCUGUAUGGUGACAAGUGGACUUCUUUUCUUGUGCUGCUAAUUCAUUCUGGGGGUCACAGUCAACGUUUACCCAACGCAAGUGCCCUGGGAAAGAUCUUCACCGCUCUGCCCUUUGGUGAUCCCCUUUUCCAGAUGCUGGAGCUGAAGCUGGCCAUGUACAUCGAUUUCCCCAGGCACAUGAAGCCCGGGGUCCUCCUUACCUGUUCGGAUGACAUAGAGCUCUACAGCACUGGAGAUGCAGAAACCAUCUCCUUUGACAGGCCUGGGUUUACUGCCUUAGCUCACCCGUCGGAUCUGGCAGUCGGCACCACUCACGGAGUGUUUGUGUUAGACCCAUCCAGUUUCUCAGGGAAAGGAGGAGUUGAGUACACGUCCUGCCAUCGCUUCCUGCACAAGCCUGACGUGGAGACAAUGCGCCAGCACGGGGCAGUGUGCCCGAGAGGGAACUGUCCUCAGCUGAGCUCCUCUGCACACCGAGGUGACCCGCAGGUGGGCUCGGAGUGUGUGUACACAGACAGCAUCUUUUACAUGGACCACAGCACUGCCAAACAAUUGCUGACGUUUUAUAAGGAGGUGGGCACUCUUUGCUGUGAAAUAGAUGCCUAUGGUGACUUCCUCCAGGCCCUGGGCCCUGGAGCUGCUCCAGGUGACACAGAACGUGCAAGUGAUGUGACAAAGGAGGGGUCGUGGUUGGCAGAGGUUCGGCAGAAGCUGCACUGCCUGCUGAGAGGGACUGCCCUGAAUGUCAUCAUCUUGAACAACUCCAAGUUCUAUCACCUUGGAACUACCCAGGAGUACUUGUUUCAUCUUACAGCUGACAGCAAACUGAAAUUUGAGCUCGGCUUGCUGCCUGUGGCUUUUAGCAUCUCUCCUGGCAAAGCUGAGACCCUGGGUCCAUCAGCUAGUGUCAUCCAAAGCAUCCUGGAGCCUGGGUGUUCUGUGGGACCUGGGUCUGUCGUUGAGUGCUCCAGGAUUGGGCCUGAAGUCUCCGUAGGGAAGAACAGCAUCAUCAGUGGAUCGUACAUAGAUCUGAAAGUGGACAUACCUUCAAACUGUUUCCUCAGUUCAUUAAGCAUAAAAAUUAACGAUCAAUUAGAGUAUAUAAGUAUGGUGUUUAGUGUAGAAGAUGACUUGAAAAAGACUGUGAAGUUACUGUCAGAGAUUCAUUCACUCCAGUUUUUUGGAGUCAGCUUACUAGACUGCUUGGACCUCUGGGGUGUGAAGGUCUCAGAGCAGCUCUUCUCCAGCGAGGCCCCCCGCUGGGGGCUGUGGACAGCCAGGAUUUUCCCUGUUUGUUCUUCUUUAGGGGAAUCGGUUAGAACGGCGUUACAGAUGUUGAGUUCUGUGCAGCACAUGUCAGCUUUUGACUUGAAUGGCUUUAGGCUCUUGUCUGUGGAGGAAAUGCUCUCCUACAAAGAUGUAGAAGACAUGUUGAAGUUUAGGAAGCAAAUUUACGAUGAAAUCUGUCUACAAAGACAAAAAGAGAAGUGUGAUUUGUAGAAGGAGCGGUACCUGAACAAAUUUCCUGGUUUUAUUUAUGAUCAUUAAUUACCUUCCAGCUUGUAAAAAUUGUAAGAAAAAAAGCAGACAGAUCCUUUCUCCGAUUUAAUUGAGGUAGAAAUAAUGAAAUUCCAUUAACAAAGUUGUUGUAGCAUAACAUUAAUAAUGUAGCAAAUGCAGAUGAACCAUUCUUUUGAUGAAAAAAGUAAUGAAAUAUUUAAGAUCUCUGAAAACACUAAUUGGUGACUUUUCUUGGGGUGCACAUUAUGAUGUUUUGUAGUCUUACUAAGAAUAUAACACGGGAAAAGUCAUUAGAAAUCUGACUGAAAACUGCUUUUAAAGUUUCUCGGAGUAGAACGUCAACUCCAGCAACAUGGAAUGAUACAGAAAUGUCUUAUAUUUCUUUUCAUGCUGCCUUUUUACAGUAGUGUUGAGAUAAAUUUAAUAAAAGUACAUUUAAAAUCAAAA